ACUUGAAUGUUAUAAACCUAGUUUUGGACCAUUGUCUCUGUUAAUGGGAUGAGAUAAUGCUGUAUCCGCCAUUUUGUGUGGUGCGUUGCUAGGUAACAGAAGGUCGAAGUUAACGGCGUGUAGACUUGAACUCGAGAUAAGACCGCAGUCUGAUUAAUAAUGAGAUUCAUUAGCAUUUAGUUCGACUGGCUGGAGAAAACACUUCAGCAGAGAUUCCAGGAAGACUUGCUUUAUGGAGACUAUCGACCAAAUACAAAUACGGCAAAUACGAUAGAUUGAACACUAAAAUUUAGACUGAAACUCUGUAAAACACGUUCACUAUGAGACGUCACCGCAGAAGAGAGUUGCCCGACAAACAAAAUGCCCUCAACAAGUUCGACAGCCAUAUGAAGGCCAGGGUGAAAUCCUGCAAUUCAGGUCUUUCAGCUCCUUCCCACAGUUCAGUUUGCAGUAAAAAUAAAACAGAUGAGCAUUUCAGCGCUCCUCAAAAGAUGAAACGUCUCAAAACCAUAAAACAAAGGAAUCAGAUUCGAGAGCAGAGCAACAUCAGGUCUAAACAGAGCCUUCCACAAUGUAAAAAAGGAAGCAUAGACAAACAACCAGGUAGUGAAAGUCAGGAUUGCCAAUGCAUUCGCUUAUUGACCUUUUCCAAAAAAGUAAAACCAGGAGCUAAACCGUUUCCUUUACAGAAGCCAAGCAUUAUCACUGAAGGCCGUCUUACGUCUAUCAGAGGCCUUUUCAGCCAUGAGGUGAGGUCUGUGGAUAUUGAGAGACUGGUAAAGCAAAAAAAACAUCAAAAACGGAAACAGGAAGGAAAGGCCACUGCAAGUAAUUCCUCUUCCCUUUCCGGUGUAAUUCCCCAUUCAACACCUGCUGUGAUUUCAGAAACAAGUGAGGAAGGAAGUUCUGCACAUGCAAAUGGAGGCCAGCAGCCAAAGACCUUAGAGAAAACAGAGUUACAUAUACAUUUAGAAGACACAGUCCCCGUGGAUGGGAUGCACUGUUUUGGACAGACUAAUAAAGCUACAGAUAAGACUGCCAGAUCGGAAAGCCCAUCAGAUCAGACAGGGAUACAAGAAGCUGUCAUUUUGUCUUUGUCAGAAAGUGAACCUAUUCAUAAGUCCUUUCCAACAUCUGUCAAAGAAAUUUGCCUGAUUGACCAUUAUGUUAGUCCAAAAACAAAAAACACAUAUGACCAAAAACAAGCUUAUAAAACACCUCCUGUUGUUGAUGUGCAACCUGCUGAAAGACUUGACUCCCCUGGAGGGUCAGAGGUCUUAUAUUCGAAUGCUCAACAAUUUGAACAGAGUCCUGCAAUAUUCACAUUUUCUUCACCCACUAUGGGAAGAGAAAGAUGUUCAUUCGAAAGAGAGGCUCCACACAGGAAACAUAUCUUAUCAUCUAAAAAGGAAGCAGUGAGCCGUCUGGCAGCCCGUCUGUGUCACAAUCUAGUUUCAGUUCCACCACAACGAUGCUGCCAUCUGCUGACAAAGUGCAAGCAAGUGCUCCUGCAUCAACUGAAGGAAACGCAUGGCUCUCGGCUCCAGCACAGCCUGCACAGGCUACACUCACACCUCAGUACAGAGGCACCUCAUUCCCCACAUACUGCAGACCAAGUUUGGCCCAGCUCAGUGCAACAAUAUUUAGAUAGCCCACAAAUGUAUUUCAGCUGUACAGGAAAUUAUGAAGAUGUUCAGCCCAGAGAGACAAUGAAAUUUCAUGAAGUUAAUCGCUCACAAAAACAUCUAAGAGAGGAGUUUUGUGAGGAUGUGGAAGGAGUUGCAGCUUUUAAAAGGCAAAGCAGGCAAACUUGGAGUGUGUACUCUCCUCAGGAUUAUGUCACAGAACUCCUACAACCAGGCCAAGAUACGUUAAGCCAGUGGAGUAAACCAGCACAGCACACCUCCAAAUCCCAGACGUUCUCCAAGCACCAGGCCUUUACCGGGCCUCACACUUCAACACUGUGGCCUAAUAACUGCACAGAACGGCUUUUGAACCCCUUUAUCCUGGAACCACAGAAGCAAGUCAAAUUAGGUAGUGAUGAAAGCAGGAAGAGACAAAGCACAUCACUGCCACUGCAAGAACAGUGGAGAAAUGACCCCGAUUUAAACUUUUUGUUUCAAGAAGAGAAUUUAACGAGAAGCCAUGCAUCAGUAGGUACUCUGACAGAACCGAGGAUGCGUUCUCCUCAGCACCACAUUCAGCGUGUCAGCGAGAGACCGCUAUUCAGUGCUGCCUCUGCUUUUUCACCAUUCUUUCCUCCUGAAGGGUUUUGUUAUGAGCCUUACUAUCGGUUUCCACAUCCAUCCAACUCCUUUUCCAGAUCAGAAAAAUCUGGUAUGACUCUUUACACUCAGCUAGAUGAUGAAAAGAGGGGCCCGUGUCCAUCCAUGCAUUCGACCACUUCCUAUUUCUAGUCGGUCCUUAGCUGAUUGUUACAAAUACCUUCAUAUUCUAGUCUAACCCUGUAAUAUCAGUUUCCGCAAGACCAGAAUUUCCCACAACCAAACUUCUUAACUGUUACCAAAUAUUAGACUGUGUAAUAUCCUCUUACAUAUGUGUAUUGCAAGUUUAAUUUGCUUAGAUAGAUAUCUGCAUGACCAUCUUGGUAAGAACAAAAGUCAUAUCAAUUUAACUGACAUGUCACAAUUAUGUAUUAUUGUGAUUUAAACAGCAUAAUAGGAUGGACGAACAUUCCCAGUAACA